AUGUUUCGACAGAGGACAAGCACGCAAAAGCCCGGUGAAGACCUGCUCGCCAACUUCCGGCAGCAGUUUCCACAGGUGUCGACUGCGGGCUCGACGACGACGACGGCGACAGCUCAAGCGCCAAUCACCGCAGCGGGCGAGAACCCAAUACUUACCGCCGGCGGGCCACCGCAAGAAAGACGUCAAAGUUUGGGUCAAGAUGCCUUUAGAGACCAAGAUCCAACCCCCCGUGCAUCCAACGAGCCAUGGAGGUUCACACCGUCCUUGCUCGAUCCGGGCUCAUUCUCCUUCUCUGCCUUCGCCAACCAGCCGCCGGGCUACUACACGCCUACCCCCGGCGGCACGAAUACGCUCUACCAUCCGCAAGCUGGCGACUUGCACACGCCCACCUUAGGCCUGGGCAUGGGCCUGGGGACUCCUCUGUCAAUGCCGACCAGUGAAGGCGCAAUGCAUUCCGGGGCACCUAUGAUGGAUCUCGGUCACUUCCAACACGGAAUGCCGCCUCACCACUUCCAGCACCAGUUCAAUCCUUUCAUCCAGCCGGCACCAGCACAGGCCUCGUUUGCGCCCUCAUCAUUUGUGCACCAGGAUACUGGCUACGAGACCAUGGAUCAAGACGGCUCUCCGCUCGACUCCGAGGGUCAUAAGAGGAUGGGUUCUCUUGACGCCGCCUUUCACUCGCAAUCCCCACCUAUGAUGGGAUUCCAGCCCACGCACUUCGGCAUGUCCUUGAACCAUGGCAUGCCGCCUUCUGCGGAGAAGUUCCGGUUCCAUGCCACCCUCAACGCGCCAACUGCCAUGAUCAAGCAAGCAGAUGAGAUACCAGUGACGUAUCUGAACAAAGGGCAGGCCUACUCGCUAUCUGUGGUUGAUACGGGAGCCAUCCUGCCAAUUGCUCCUGGUACGCGUUACAGGACUUUUGUGCGUGUCUCGUUUGAAGAUGACCAACAGCGCCAGAAGCCUGGUGUGUGCUGGAGCUUGUGGAAGGAAGGUCGCGGCACCAACGAGGCCCAUCAACGAGGUGGCAAGUUGCAGGCUGUGGAAUAUGUCGAGGCUGGACAACCUGCAGAAGGAGACGACAAGAGAACUCGAGUCGAACUCGACACGGCAUCCUUUGACGGUUUCUCCGUCAUCUGGACUCCUGGUCUCAACGGCGGAGCCGAAUGCAAUGUUGCCGUGCGUUUCAACUUCCUCUCGACGGACUUCAGCCAUUCGAAAGGUGUCAAGGGUAUUCCCGUCCGACUUUGCGCCAAAACUGUGGCACUUCCCAUGGACGGCACUUCGCCGCCGCCAGACACUGGCGCUGAGAUUUGCUACUGCAAGGUCAAGCUUUUCCGAGAUCACGGUGCGGAACGGAAGCUCUCGAACGACGUGGCGCACGUGAAAAAGACAAUAGACAAGCUGAAGCAACAAAUUGCGCAAGCUGAAAGUGGCAUGAAGGACUUUGGGAAGAGGAAACGCGGAUCUACGUCGCAAGCAAAGGGCCAGGAAUCCCAAAGACCAGGCAAGGUUCAGAAACACAAGAGGACUUGGUCCAUGUCUUCGGCCAGUUCCGCUGGAGGUGGUGGAGGUGGACGCCCUUCGCUCGAAGAUGACUUACAUUUCAAACUCCAGACUUUACAGGACAUGUUCACCAGUACACGACCUGUGAGCAUACUAUACCUCCGAGGUGAAGAGACCGACGAUCCAGAUUUGCACCCUGUUACACUUGCAGGCGAGCCGACUGACCUCACCAAGGUGGAGUCCAAGGAUAGCGCAGUGUGGAGGAGCGGGCGAAGCUCUGUGGCCGAUUCGUCCCUGGUAUCACCGUCACCGAGCUUCAUGUCAUUACAGUCGCAAGCAUCUGUCGCCGGAAUCAAGCCACCAAUGAACGAUUUUCAACCCUCUGGAGAGUCUUCGGCGCCGUCCGAACAGCUCACGAAGGUGAAUAAGAUCGACGAGUCUGGUAGCCUCAGUGGCUGGAUCGAGGCUUUGGGGGUCGACCCGUCUUAUCAGCCACCUACAAACCGGCCAGCCAAGCCCGUUGCCUGUUUCUAUAUUGCGCGACGUCAACAGUCACCUACUGACAAUAAGGAGCUGCACCGAGCUAUAUACCUGACUAAAAGAACUCUACCCGAAUUUACCAUGCGUAUCGCAACGAAGUGGGGACUCGACUCGACCAACAUCGUACGCACUGUGCAUGCUUUAGAGAGUGGCCUCCAAGUUGAGAUGGACGAUGAUGUGAUUGAGGCAUUAUCAGAAGGUCAGGAUAUGCUUCUCGACAUCGUUGAAGUCGAACACCAAGUGCCUCAGCCAAAACGAGAGUGGGAGAUGGCGGUUGAUGGUGAAGAGGACACGGCAUCGUCACAUGGUGCUCUGCGUGCGGCAACCGGAUACGAACUACGACUGACUUUUUAA